UACAAAAAUCAUUGCACGUAAACGGACGUAAACGUCAUAUAGGCAACGCGCGCAAUACUACUACACAGACCAUAAAAGACGGGGGGAUUGCGUAAAACGAUCUUUCUGAUUGUCAAGAUUUUAGAGAAUAAAAAGAAAAUUAUAAUAAAAAAAAAGAUAUUCCCUCAAUGAAAAAUUAGAAUUUAAAAAAAUGGUUGUAAAAAAGGAUUUUGUUUAAAUUGUUUUUUAUAAAAAAGAAAAAAAAAACAAACAAAGCUUUUCUUAAGGCUUUGCAUUUUGAAGCUAAAAAUUUGUAAGCGCCGCGUGUGUACGUCUAACGUGUAUUUUGAGUGUGCGUGCGUGUGUGUCAGGCUAGAAAAAACAUGGUUAAAAUCGAUGAUCCAUGUAGUGUUGUUGAAAGAGUUUCAGAACAUCAUAAUCAUCAUCAUCAUCACCACCACCAAAAUCAUCAUCAUACACAGCAGCAGCAACAACAACAACAGCUACAGCAGCACCAGCUGCAGACACCCGGUCACCAUAAUCAUCAUCAUCAUCAGCAAACGCAUCUGACGGUACAGCCUUCGUUGGCCUCGCCGCCAGUGCAACAUCAGCCUAAUCCUCCUACCCCGCCACCCAGCGCACAUCUUCCUACGCUACAGCAACAUCAACAACAACAACAACAACAUCAUCAACAUUUGCAACAAUUGCAUCAGCAGGCCCUCAUCGAUACUCACAACCAACUGCAGCAGUUCUAUAAAAUGGCUCGUACUCCCCACCUCAAGUCCAGUUUUUCCAUAAAUGCCAUCUUACCCGAGACCGUGGAGGACAAUCACCCGCACAAGCAUUCUAACAAUGAUCAUCUAAGAGCACCCUAUACCAAUCUCUGUGAUGAGGGGGAAGUACCAGAUGGCGAUUCCGAUUUGGAUGUGACCAGCAUGUCUCCACCACCGCCUACCGACGGCAGUGAGCUCAGCAUACACAGCAAUGAAGGCCAUGCGGGGCAUCAUGUCAAUACCCACCACGACCACCAUACUCACCCUCAGGAUGAGGACAGUGAUCUUGAGGAAGGCCUAGAUCCCGAUGUGGAGGAUGAGGAGGGCGAUGUUGAUGCCGAGGUCACUGAGGGCGAGGGUGAUAACGAAAGCAAAGAAGGCGGUGAGGGCGAAAAAACCGUCACCGACAAGAAGGGCAAUGAGAAACCUCCGUACAGCUACAAUGCCCUCAUCAUGAUGGCCAUCAGACAAAGUCCCGAGAAACGUUUGACCUUGAACGGCAUCUAUGAGUAUAUCAUGACCAAUUUUCCCUACUACCGUGACAACAAGCAGGGCUGGCAGAACUCCAUACGCCACAAUCUCAGUCUCAACAAGUGUUUCGUCAAGGUGCCCCGCCACUAUGAUGAUCCCGGCAAGGGCAAUUAUUGGAUGCUGGAUCCGUCGGCGGAUGAUGUUUUCAUUGGCGGUUCCACCGGCAAAUUGAGAAGACGCACCACUGCUGCCUCCCGCUCAAGGCUGGCGGCCUUUAAACGUUCCUUGAUAGGGCCCAUGUUUACGGGCCUAGGCUAUCCGCCACAGUUCAAUCAGUUCCUUUACCCGCCUCAGGCAGCUGCCUCUGCGGCUGCCAAUCCCAGCCUAUUGGCUAGCAUGUAUGGUAGAUACAAUCCUUUUGUGCCAAAGAAUCCUGCCUUGCCACCCUCGCCGUUUGCGACAGCACGUGUCAGUCCUGCCAUGGCUGCAGCGGCUAAUUACAGCAACAUGGAGCGCCUGUUAUCGGCGGCCAUGCCACCACAAACUCAUCCUGCGGCAGCGGCGGCUGCUGCAGCUGCCUCCCUACCUGCCUCGGAUCUCUAUCAGCGUUUGCAAUAUCAACAAUUGUUGCAGCAACAUGCGGCGGCUGCUGCCAUAGCAGCCCAUCAGCGGCAUCAACAGCAGCAGCAGCAACAACAACAACAACAGCAGCAACAACUAUCCGCUUUGCAUCAUUUGGCCAGUCCGCCGGGUCAUCAGCCUACGGCGGGUCUGCAUCAGCCCCUGCAAGUUUUGACGCAUUUGGGGCAACCCGCAUCACCUUCCCACUCGAUAUCACCCAGUGCAGCGGCGGCAUCAUCCCCACCCACCGGCCCCAUACUCAAACCGGUGACUGUGGUCUCACGAAACAGCUGAGUUUUUGUAAGUUUCUAUAGUCUAAGGUGUUGUUAUUAGGCCUUAAGUUGACCAUAACUAGAGUUUCAGUGUAAAUAUGAGUCUAGCCGUUGUUGUAUUAACGGCCUUAAGAAGUUCGUUUGCAGGCGAUUUGUUGGACGAUAAAUGGAACUUUGUUGAAGAAACAAAAAAUGAGGAAAGAACUUUUGGCGUUUUUAAGGGAUUUUUGUAUUUAAUGACCAUCACCAUGAAAAGGAAACUUGUGGGAAAAGUGGUAAAAUGGUAAAAAAUCGAAUUAAUUUAAAAAAUUAGAAUUGAAAAAAGGUAGAAAUCUUAAAAAUAGACCAAAUGCCCGAUAAUAAAUUUCAAACUGAAAAUCUGGUGGAAGGAAAAUUAAGACAAUUUUUCCAAACUUUUGCUUUUUAGGCUCCAAAUUGUUCAUAAAAAAGACAUUUGGCCUAAACUUAUCAGACCCC